GUACAAUAAUCGUAAUCAGUUAAAGUCGAUGUAAUUAUCUCAUCACUCAGUUGUGUCAGACGACGCGUAUCAGACGUUAGCAACCUCGUCCCUGCUCGAGAAGAAAUGACUCACUCGAGUUUAAGUGUGCUUUUAUUCGCAGUGUGCCUGUUUUAUUGUUCCACAAUUCAGGGUGUAGAUGCAGCGAGAUUGCGAAGAGUAUCCGGUGGUGUAGACGCGCAUCCAUCUGAUGUUUUUUAUCAGGCGUCCUUGAGAAAUGACGACUAUCAUUGUUGCGGUGGUACUAUACUGAGUGAGAAGCACAUUCUCACUGCUGCACACUGUGUCGCUGAUUUGUUUGCACCACCUUACGAUGAUUUAACAGUGGUCACGGGCACUGGUACACUGCAAGGUGGUAAUCAUCAUGAAGUAUUCAAUGUCAGUUGGCACGAGGGAUUUCAGAUGAAGGGCCAUGUUAAUGACAUUGCUGUUGUUACGCUGAAAAACAAGAUUGAUUACAAUGAGAAUCAGAGACCAGUAUCUCUCCCGGAAUCGCCAGCGCCGUACAAUGAAAAAGGUGUGGUAAGUGGAUUCGGUCGGUUGAAAGCUACACAUUCGUAUUCAUGGAAGAUCCUUCAGAAGGCACCAGCAGUUGUGAUCAGCAGGGAUGAGUGUCAGCAAUACGUCAAACAUACAAUUGCUGAGGGUCAAAUCUGUGGCCUGGCUCCAAAAGGUGUCGGCAUCCAAAAGGGAGACAGCGGUGGGCCUUUUGUGGUGAAUGACGUCGUCGUUGGUGUAGCAUCCUGGAAUAUUCCCUGGGAUUCAGCAGCUCCAGAUGGUUACACUGAUGUGUACGCGUACCGGGACUUCAUCCUGGAAAUUAUGCAGCGAAGUAAUUACUGUGCCUCAUCUUCCCAACGAUACAUUCGACAACCUGACAACAGCAGGAUGACAAGCCUAACUCUCAUCUUCGUGGCACUAGCCAUCAACUCUGUUGCCUAUGGCAAACCUCCUCAGCGGAUUGUUGGUGGUAACCUCGCAGCGCAAGGUGAAAUCCCAUACAUUGUCUCCAUCAGUCGUGGAGGACAUCAUUUCUGUGGAGGCAGCAUCAUCAGUAACAGGCACAUCCUAACAGCCGCACAUUGUGUCACUGAUAUAAGACCAGCCCAAGUAAGCUCACUUCGUGUCAGAGCUGGUUCACUGUCCUCCAGAUCUGGUGGAAAGCUGUACAUACCAGAAAAAAUCGACAUUGAUCCUCGCUACAAAGCUGGAGAGACAACAUCACCCCACGACAUUGCCAUAAUCACGAUCAAGGGCCCUAUGACACUCGACAGAAACACCAAGGUAAUCGAACUGGUUAACACUGCUCCAAGAGCUGAUGCCGCUGUUGUAGCUUCCGGAUGGGGAUUGCGCAGUGCAAGUCAUAGACAAGUACCCACCAAUUUGUACACUGUGACGAUGAAAGUUGUGUCAUCGAGUGUGUGCAAACGAAGUCACUCUAGAACACUCCCCAACGAGCAGGUGUGUGCUUUUGGUUCGGUUGGCCAAGGAGUUUGCAUGGGAGACAGUGGUGGUCCCCUUGCCCUCAAUGGUAAACUUGCUGGUGUCGUGUCCUAUGGUCGACCCUGCGCUGUUGGAUAUCCCGAUGUCUACACCAGUGUCCAUCACUACAGGAAUUGGAUACGAAAAAUCAUAGCAGACACGAAAAAUUGAGAGUUAUAUGUAUCCUUGCGUUUU